GUCACAGCCUCAAGCUCCUCCAGCCAACAACAGCAGCAGCAGCACCAGCAGGAGACAUGGCCGGAAUCAGCAAGGUUACCCUCGUGAGCUUGGCGCUGGCCGCCCUCCUGGCCGUGGCGCUCGCCGGCGGCCACGCCGACAGCUACAUCCACAUCGUGCACGACAACCAUGGCCACCACGGCUACGAGCCCUCCUACCAUCACGAGGAGUACCACCACGAGCCGUCGCCAUACUCCUACAAGUACGGCGUGCACGACGCCCACACCGGCGACGUCAAGAGCGCCUCCGAGUCCAGCCACGGCGGCGUGGUCAAGGGCGAGUACUCGCUGGUGCAGCCCGACGGCGUCACCCGCACCGUGCACUACACCGCCGACAAGCACAACGGCUUCAACGCCCACGUGUCGCUCCACGGCCACGCCCACCACGGCCACCACUACUAGGAGGGUGCCGCGGGGGGCCUCCUCCUCCCCCGAGGCACGAGGCCCCCGCCGACUGCUGCCUCUGUGAUACCGGCGGGCUCAGGCUGACGCCGCCGCCCCGGCAACAGCGGACCUCAUUACCGCCUCCAACACGACGAUAUUAGCUCCUCGCUCUAUAUUUUUGUAAUAAACGGCUUCCGAGACUGACUGUAA